AUGUGGAAGAUGCCGGAGGAAAAUUCUUUCACUUCUGCUCACUGGGAAAACCAACCUGAAUUUGAGGUUACACCUCAUUCAAACAUAAACUCAUGGAUUGAAUCAUUAGAACUUCGAUUAAUUCUCGAUAAUAUUAAUGAACCUGAGAAAGAUUCUCUACUACUUACUAUCUUGAAACUCAAGGUUGGUCCUCAAGCCAGAGAAAUUUUAAAAGGUGCUCAGGUAUCAACUUAUUGCCAAGCUACGAAAGUUUUAAAAAGAUUAUAUGGUAAUAAGCUAUCAGUGGAAACUGCAAUUAAGAGACUUUCUAUGACUAAAAUAGACUAUUCAUCAGAUAGAUUUGGAAACUUAUUACGUAAUAUUGGGAAACUUAUUGCUGCCACAGUACCGGAUCUUUCACCCUCUAUGAAACUUGAAGUCAUCAGUCAAAGACUCCUCACUGUUUUGUCUGGUAACGCUCAGAGAAGAUUGCUAGACAGACUUGGAUUUUAUAAAUCUCUUGGAGAAAUAUAUGUCGAUCUGGAAUUUCAUAAUAAAUUCAAAAAUGAAUCUAAUACUCAUAAACGUCCUUCUUCUUUCAAAUCAAAGAAUUUUUCUUCUCGCUCUGACAUUAGAUGUCAUCAUUGUAAUUUUCCCAGUCAUAAAAAAGCUCAAUGCAGACGGUUUCUGGCUGGUCUUCCUAAGAAGGACUACACUAUUAAAAAGAAAUCUAUUAAAAGUGAACAAACUUUCGACUUUAUGAAUGUGAAUAAUUCCUAG